AUGUCAUCCAACAGCCGUCUUGGUCUCCGGACGAUCUUCCAAGCCGAACGCACGGUAGCUGCUUAUCUUGGGUUCGAUAAUGUCGUUGACCUCCAGCGGUUUGUGAUUAUGUGGCCAUGCCUUGAGGCCGUGCGACUUCUGUCUGCUCUUCCCGGCCUGACCAGCCAGAGUAUCGUAUUUCAGAGGACGGCUGAAGCUAGCCAGUCAAUGGAACACGACCAUCAAGUUGUUCCCAACACUGAAUAUAUCCAACACUGCUGGGUGGUAUGCGUGUUGAUCGUCCUGCGGCAUAAUGUCACAGUUUACGAGACCAACACUUUCCAGCAGAACAGAGCCCGAACCAUUGUAGCGAUCAAUCGCAUGCCAUCUCGCUUCUGGAUUCCAGAUCACGUCCUGGAGGAAGACGACUUUCCUCCGCAUCCAAUUAUUCGGCCAACUGUGCGGUCUACUGAGCCUGCCAUCCUUCAACUUCAUCGCUGCCUUUGCCUUAUUCAAUAUCUUGAACUCUCCCACGGCUCGGAGUUCAGACGGGAGAUAUACUUGGAUGCCCGUGUACACUUCUCCGGAGAGGAUUUUGACGUCACCGAGCACGAUAUCCCUUGGUGGAUGCGACACUCUCCAUAA